AUGUCCUUCGACGCGUCCGCCUCGGCUGCCAAUGUCAUCGAACCCAAUGCACGCCUUCUAAAUACGUCGUGUCUCGACUUCCUCCUGAUAGAGCUCGUGCCCAUGGCCGAACGACUGACCAAAGACCUGGCUGCCGAAGAGAAGCUCCUGGACGAUGAGGAGGUCCGCGAAACGACGUUCUUCCGUCUCGAAUCGCUGGGUUACCGUGUUGGACAAGGUCUUGCGGAGCGGUUUGCUCGAGACCGCCCGCGAUUCACCGACAACCUUGACGUGAUCAAAUUCCUCUGCAAGGAUCUGUGGACGAUACUGUUCAGGAAGCAAAUCGACAAUUUGAAAACCAACCAUCGGGGCGUGUAUGUUCUGACAGAUAACUCGUUCCGACCAUUUUCGAGAAUGAGCAUGUCAGUGCGGAGCGACGCCGUGUCUAAGGCUCAAGCGUAUCUAUGGUUUCCAUGCGGUGUUAUCCGCGGCGCGCUGUCAAGCUUGGGCAUCCACACCACGGUGCAAGCGGAGACGUCCGAACUCCCAGGGGCGACAUUCCAAAUCAAAACACUCCAACCCAAACCUUGA